AAUUACAGAUUGUGCAUUAUGUCAGGAAACAAUGAAAUCAGUAAUGAUGGUGGUGGUGGUGGGGUCGUUGAAACCGGCGACCAAGUUCAAGCUAAUCCAGAACAACAACGAGGAUUCGACACAUGGACAUUCGUUAAAGGGAUGCUGUACCGCAUUAUGAUUGUUUACUUCGUGACGUCAUUUUUAAAAAAUUUUAUGAGUGGACGGUCUGGUAACAUUGGUUAUAAUAAUACGGGAGUGUCGAACAGAGGUGCCUCUUUGCCAUCGCGAAAUCUUUUCCAACCAGGGCAGAAGUUUGAUCUUUAUAUAUACCUUUCGGAUUCGCAGGAUAGGUUCGAUGAAUUUGAUGACGAAAGUGCACUAUUUUGGAAAGAAACUGGUCUAACAUACAGUGACUGGACAUCUGGUCCAGAUGGUGAUGGUUCACGUACUAAAUCAGCUACGUUUCCUACUCCCAAAUCUCUUGCUAAUAAUGGCUCAUUAUACAUACAUGUGUUCAUUGUAAAGAAGGAUCAAUCACCUGAUCGUAAAAGUCGGCAUCAUGUUAAAAGAGAGGUGUUGUAUAAUGUACGACAACUUAACAAAUACAAGAAGAAGUAUUACAAAAAAACACAAAAUCUGCUUACUGGCAAAACAGAGCAGACCGAGGAAGAACAAAAGAAGGCUGAAGUGAUGAGUUUUGAAGUACUGAAUUAUUGGCAUCCCAAUUUAACGAUCAGUCUUGUCGAUGAUCAAACAGCAUGGCAGAGAGGUUCGUUACCAUCUCCCCUUGAUGAAGCUGUAAAGUUUGACCCGAUUGAUAACACUUACAAGCCCAUAUUCUUUUUCAAUGACUAUUGGAACUUGGCAGCCGACUACAUGUUAAU